CAUAAAUACUGCGCUUGACCUGAACAGACACCAAUAAAAGCCAGCAGUUCCUUCCUGGACAAAAUCACACACAGGAGCUGCCCAGCUUUUGGAUACAAUCCAUAUCACGUCCAGAAACCUCGUCUCUGGUUCUGCAAGCACCAUGACAUCCAGCUUCUCCAUGACCAGUCACUGUCUGGGACGUACAGCGUCGUUCUCCAGCAUGUCUAUGCGGGACAUUGGGGUUCGGGGACGUCCUAAAGUCCCAGUGUCCCUCUCAUCGGCCAAUACUCUGUCCCUGUCCCGCUCCACCUCUCUGGGUAAUGGCCUGAACAUCAUAAGCAACCUCUCACUGAACGGUCUGGGAGCCGGUGCCAGCGAGAAGGAGACCAUGCAGGUCUUAAACGACCGACUUGCCAGCUACCUGGAAAAGGUGCGCUCGCUGGAGAAGUCCAACGCUGACCUGGAGCUGAAGAUUAAACAGUUUAUGACUGAGCGAGCACCCAAAGGUCACGACAUUGAGGGACUGAUGGCACAGGCACAUGCAAUUGGACAAGAGGUUAGAAAGAAGACAUUGGAGAAUGCUCGGAUCAUGCUGGAGAUUGACAACGCCAAACUUGCGGCUGAAGAUUUUAGGGUCAAAUGGGAGGCAGAAGCUACUCUUUGUCAGUCGGUUGAGAGAGACUGUCACGCUCUCAGACGAGCUAAAUCUGAUCAUGAUCAGUUCAUCACAACCCUUCGAGGAGAUCUGGACAGUCUGAAAGAAGAGCUCUAUUUCCUGAAGAAGAACCAUGAAGAGGAGAAGAACGCUCUAAAGAGCCGUCUGUCCAAUGAGCAGGUGAACGUGGAGGUGGACGCAGCUCAGGGCCCAGAUCUGGGAGCCGUCAUGGCUGAGCUGAGGGUUCAGUACGAGAACAUCGCACGCAAGAACAAAGAGGACGCAGAGAUUUGGUAUCUGAAAAAGCUGGAGGCCGUGCAGUCGGAGGUGAAGGAAAGCAAUGAGGCUCUGCGAUGCGCUCAUUCUGAACUCAAUGAAAGACGACGCUUCCUGCAGGCGCUCGAGGUGGAGCUGGACAGUCUACGCAAACAGAUUGGCGUUCUUGAAGGGAACCUGGAAGAGACGAAUCAGAAAUACACUCUAGAGAUGGAGCGUCUUCAGAGUUCACUCACACAGCUGGAGGACGAGCUCUCACAGCUGCGCCUCGACAUGCAGAGAAUCAAGACCGAUUACGAGCAGCUGCUGCGCAUCAAACAGAACCUGGAGCUGGAGAUCGCCACCUACAGGCGCCUGCUGGACGGAGAGGACGUGAUGAAAGAGAUAGUCACUCCUAAAAAAGAGCCUGAAGUGAGAACCAGGAAGAUUGUGAAGGUGGUCACCCAGACCAUGGUGAACGGAAAGGUGGUGGAUGAAUCCAGUGAAGUCGAACAGAUUGAAGAACGAAAAAAGUCUGAUUCUAUAAGGCGAGUCGCAGUAGAGCGGGUCAUUUAACAAUACACCACAGAUCGAAAGUCACACGGCGAAACUAAAUACAUACGAUACUCGCUGUUAUCCUGGAUGAAGUACUAUAGUUUUAGAGGCAGAGGUAGAAAAACGAUACGUACUGUAGCUGUGGAUGGGGAUUUGAACCUGUCUGGUCUCAGUGUGAGAAACUGAAGCAAAGGAUGAAAUCAAGCUGAAAAAGCCCCGACACCAAUCCUCCGUGGUGUCAGAUGUCUUGCUUUUGUGAGGGUUUCUGGGCGAAACAUUGACUGUACUCUCGCCAAUCAGUCCUGGUGAACAGGAGACUUUCACUUUGGUUUGCUCUGAUAAGCUCGGCUGUUCUUUUGACAUCCCAAGAAAUAUAACAGUUUAUAUAUUUAAAGGAUUAGUCGACACAAAAAUGAAAAUUGUGUUAUUAGUUACUCACCCUCAUGUUGUUCCAAUCCCCCUGAGACCUUCAUUCCUCUUCAGAACACAAGUUAGGAUAUUUUAGAUGAAAUCCUGGAGCUCUCUCGUCCUCAAUACACAGAAAUGGAACUGAGAUUAUUGAAGUCUAGAAAGGAAUUGUUGAAAUAUUCUGUGACUUCAACUGUAAGCAUAUGAAGCUACAAAAACACUUGUGAGUGCCAAAAAACGUACUUUGUUUGCCUCGGUCCUCUCUUCAGCCACGUCAGGUCCUGGUGUGCAUUUCAUUAUUUUUAGCUCUUCUCGUAAUAUUUAAUUUUCUCAGUGUAAAUAAUCUGAACCCUUUUCCUCUAAUUAUAUUGUUUAUGUGUUUUGGAAAGGUUUUAUGUAUGUUAAGGAUUCUUUAUGGAACCUUUAGCGAUGUUUCCAUUUUUAUGUGAUAUAGCAAAUUGUGCAUUAAAAACAGUAGAUGGAAGCGUAGAUAUGAUUAUAAUAUUACACAUGAACCACACAAAAAGACAAUACUGAUGAGACAAUUUCUUUAAAUAAUUCAAAUAAGUGCUUUAAAUAUACUCAAUAUUACUCAAAGACUUGUGAAAGUUACUUAUGUGUUAAACAAAAUACAGUAAAUAUGACUCAUUAAUAUUAAUAAUAAACAUUUUACUUGCAUAAAUUCAUGCAUUUUCACUUAGAUGAAAUACGGCAUAAAACUUUCAUGCUGGAAUGAUUUUGUCGAUAGGCAUACAUGUAUGUCAACAGAAUACAUUGUGUGAAACUUGUGUUUCAAAAUGUUCCCCACACAAUUAGUGAAGCCCAAGAUAGUAAAACAUGCACUAAAAUACAAAAAAAACAAAAAACAAAACACAGGUUUACUGUAAGUACUAUGUUUAGAUAUUGGGUUGGAGACAGAAAUGUUGUUUAGUCAGAUUAAAAACAAUUAAAAGUCUAUGGAAAGUCCCCACAAUACACAGAAACCUAAUAUGCGUGUGAUGUUUUUGGAUCUAAAAGCAUGUGCGAUGUUUUGUUCCCUUAUAUUUAGAUAUUUAUUACUCCUUAUAAUUAUAAUAUAACGUUUCUUCCUGGACAAAAGGGACCUGAAUGCAGUAAGAGGGCUAAAAGAAAUCAUGAUUGUUGUUAUUUUAAAAAUCUAAAGAACCUUCCUUUCCACUAUAAAGAUCCUUUUGUAGGGUGGAAAUUCUCCAUAGACUUUAAAGGUUCUUCGUUGAGCCGUACAGUACGUUUAUUUACAAUGGAAAUGCAAUACUAAUAUAACAGUCCCGUUCAGUUUUUAAUUUUCAUAAUGAGGGUGGCUGAAACAUGAAAGGUUUUUUUUUAAAUAACUGACAACAUUUUCAGGCCUUUUGAGCGUUUUUAGAUGGAGCACAAUGACAAAGUUACUUAUGAACAAACAAAAAGCUUGUCUUUUUUUACAGCCUGUGUAUUAUCCCAUAUAAACCACUGUGCCGAUGAGUAAAUGUACUGUAUGGUUAAGCAUUUGCAAUAAACUGUGCAUUCUGA